GGAGAAGAGAAAGGCUCUGAGUGAGUAGCAGUGCAAGUCGUGUGGAUAAACCUCAGGCUGAGGGAACCUAAGGCAACAGCCUGAGGGCCCUGAAACAGACCCUGGACCUCCUGGCAGGGGCCUCUGGAAGGAGCCUGGCCACAGGGUUCUGAGGUAAAAGAAUGAAAAAAGAGAGGAGGCUCAGACUCUGUGGCAGAGCCUACUUUGGAGGGAAGUGGGAAGUCCGGAGCCCUGACCACGUGAGGGGCCGCCCAGCCCUGCCACAUCCUUUUCUCUGGACAGAGCUGUCACUUAGCUCCCCCUCUGUGACUCAGAAUCUGGCUUUCUCAUUUUGCCAUUUUAAUUCUAGUAACGAUGAGAGUCACAGUAAAAAGCUGCUUCUGGGAGUGGAUAUUCUUCCCUUCCCUUGAUCACAGUAUGCUUGGGAUUCCUCUUACGUGGCAGUGGUGGUGUCCAGCUCUGGCCUUGGCCCCGCCUCUUUGAAGAUACUCUGGUUUCACCAUAAAACUUCCUGGGGAAAGGAUGAUUCACGUUUAAAGGACAUAGUUUUUCCUUGAUUUGUUUAUUUAAGCUACCAUACACUAGAGGGGGCCGGAACUAGACCCAGGAGUAGAAGACUUUGCUUUGCGGGAUAAGGAGAAUGGGCACCCUGGGGAAGAGCGAAAGAUUUCCUACUGUUACAACCCGUGUCUUAUAACACUUGAAGUGAAUGUGGUGUCUGAGUUACAACACUACUUCCCCUCACAAACACUUAAAAGCAGAGGGUCACAAACAUAGGCUCAACCAGAAAAAAAGAUUCUCAUUUCAUCUGUAGUUUUGUAUCAAGGAUUGUGUUGGAAUUUGCCUCCAUAUUAAACUGCUGUUCAAGGGUUACCAACUCAAAUGGUUAUGGGGUGAAGCCGGUGUCUCAGGCAUGGGCCUGUCGUUGGGACCUGUGGCAAACCAAAGGCACAACUUGCCCUAUACAAACGGGGCAACAGCUGUCAGCCCCAGCAGCUUCCACUAAAAGGUGCAAGCUCUGUAUUGCCCGACCUGACUUUUCAGAGAGAAGUUUUAAGUCCGAAUUGUUUUGUGAGACCUCCAGAUUUUUAAAUACUGAGAAUGAAUUCCAUUAAAAAGAUCACAACAACGAACACCCACCAUACAGUCCAAGCAAAACGCUGUGAGAGCAACCUUCAUGAGGAGUGCAAAGUCACAGUUUCAAUUUCACUUCCUCUAAAGAGAUUUCAAAGUGUUCUGUUUCUUAAGUGAUUCUGUUUGCAUUUUAAAAUACAACUGUAUCUCCUAGAGGGAAAACAAGAAUUUGCUCUAAGAAGUCACUGCCUCCUCAGCCCCUUUGUGAGUAAGCACUUUAUGCUUCCCCAGAGGUGACUAAACUCUGAUCAUUGCCAAUGGGCAGGCACUCCCCAAAUGUCCAAGGACAACAAAGAUACCCAGAGUGUCUUUCAUAGCUACCAAUGAUUAAAUAGCAAGUAUUGCAUUCCUAGGCAUUGCUAACUAGUGAAGUAUACCAGAUGGAAAUGUCUUUGAAGCUGUCCCUUUAAAACUCGAGCAAGCUACCAGGCAAACUCCGCCUCCAGGGAGGUUCCUUAUUAAAUAGGAGCCAACUGGCUGGGUCGGGGCUCAAUACCCCAAGCAAUACCUGCAACUGAGGAUUCUUCCCGGGGAGACCGCAGCCCAUCGGCAUGGCUCAAGAGUUUGUGAACUGCAAAAUCCAGCCUGGGAAGGUGGUUGUGUUCAUCAAGCCCACCUGCCCGUACUGCAGGAGGGCCCAAGAGAUCCUCAGUCAAUUGCCCAUCAAACAAGGGCUUCUGGAAUUUGUCGAUAUCACAGCCACCAACCACACUAACGAGAUUCAAGAUUAUUUGCAACAGCUCACGGGAGCAAGAACGGUGCCUCGAGUCUUUAUCGGUAAAGAUUGUAUAGGCGGAUGCAGUGAUCUAGUCUCUUUGCAACAGAGUGGGGAACUGCUGACGCGGCUAAAGCAGAUUGGAGCUCUGCAGUAACCACAGAGCAGGCCCCAUGCUGACGUCCCUCCUCAAGAGCUGGAUGGCAUUGCAAAUGAUGACAGCACUUCUGGUGGAUGAAUUUGGGGGCACAAACAGCUUUUUUCCUCUUUUGGCUCAGUAUUUAAAAGUGGACCAACUUGCUCUUAAUCACAGGGCCAAGAAGGUUGACGGGCCAUCUUGGUUCUCUUCUGGAUGUGCUCUUUGGUUUUCAGAAGACUGUGACAAGUUCUGGCCCAGGAUUCGCUCACUGGCCCUCAAUUGUCCUCUUUGGCACGUGUUUCUUACUGUUCUCCAUGUGUCGGCAUGUCUCUACCUCUAAGCCAGUGUUUUUCAACUAUGUUUAUCCAGACUCCUUCUCCACAAUGAUGAAUCCACAGUUGGUUAUCUGCUACUGCCCAUUAGCUAAAAUCAUUUUGCUGCUUGACUUUAUGGAGUCUGUAUUAUGAAAUCAGUGGGUAUUUUGAAUGUGUUCUUUCUAACUACAUGCAUCUCUCCACUCAACUCCACCCCAUCCCAUCCCACCUUGAAAAUCACUGCUCUGAACCAGUGUUCUCCACCUUGUCCUCCACAGAUCUCAUAGGAAAUGUUCAACAAUUCUGUGAAAGGUCACAGGACCCAAUUGGAGAAAUCAUAUGAAAAGCAUAGUUGGUCUUGGUGUCAUAUGGAUCAGAGGCACAAGUGCAGAGGCUGUGGUCAUGCGGAACACUCUGUUAUUUAAGAUGGCUAUCCAGAUAAUCCUGAACACUGUGUAUUUAUUUUAUUUAGACUACCAGCAAAGAUUAAAGCAUGAAAUGUAAAACAUCUGAGAAAACUUACAGCCCCCUACACCAAGAGUGUAUCUGUGAAAGAGCUCCUACACUUCGAAAACUUAAGAAUCCCUUAUGAUGAAGUUUGCCUGUUCUAGAAUUGUAAGAUUAAUUUCCUUCAGUCUCUAGUGACAACACUUAAUUUCUUUUCUAAUAAAAAAAUACCUAUAGAUGA